AUGGAAGGAGGAGAGACGUUCCCAGUCUUGGGAAAUGGCAGCCAAGGGGACGACAAGGUGAUGCAGACCUUCCACAAGAGCUUUGGGCAAGUGCAGAGCCGGUUGGACCAGAACAGGAAACUGAUCAACGAGAUCAACCAGAACCAGGCGUCGAGGAUCCCCGGACGCCUCAACCGCAACGUCCGCCUCAUCGAGGUCAACAGCAAUAUCCGCCGCGUCGUCGACGUGUACGUCGAGCUUUCCCUCUCCUUCACCGGGUCAAUGGAGGCAUCACCUGAAGCUGGAGCUGCUUCCCAAGGGAAGCCUGGCCACAAGAGAGUCAGGGCAUGA